AGUUAACUAUCGAAAACAUUUUAUGAAUUUUAUACUUAUCUGAAGUAAGCCAGCCGCUCUUACCCGUAUCCUUGUCUGUACCCCCUGAAUCUCCGGACCUCUCGGUGCAACCGCAUGCCCCUGAAAAAUUCAAAAUAUAUUAAAUAAAUCAUUAAUUGCUGUACCCCAAUGAACUGUAUAUAGCCGAACGUUUCAACCAUGAUAUGAGAACGAGUGAGAUAUACUAUCAUAAUCUACAUUCGUUUAUCUCAUAAUAAUCCGUUAAGCCGUAUUAUUCGUCUUAACUCUAUGAACCACCUUGCUGUGACUACAUUUACCUUAUAAAACCAUUCAUCUUAACAGGUACCUUUCUACGCAUCAUCAUGGUUAACCCCCGCCGAACUUCUUCCGUUGGACGCGAAAUUCCCCUCCGUGCCGCGGGUAUACGCCGCAGGCGUGCCUCCCGGUCGGUACUUAGGCUCCCUACAGCUCGUCAGUUGUUUGCCGACGAGAACGACUUAACAAGCAGAGUAACAAGGUACUCUCCAGUGCGUAGUUUCGCGCCCUCCCGCGCAUACCCUUAUCGUCCUCCCCGAAACCCUCCAGCGGUUCUUCAAGAGGAACAACAGCCCAGAGCCAGGCCGCCAUCGCCCAAUUACUCCCCCAUCCAGGAUUCAUCUAAUCCCAGCUACUCGCCGGUCAGGACACCGGAAGAUCUUCCUUCCAUACCGGAAGAACGAAGACCCAUAGAACAAAGCACAGAAACUGAGGCUGGUCCAUCCAACCCAGGUCAAGUUCUGGAUCCCCCUGAACCAAAUUUCUACCCGGAACCAGAGGACCUAGUCUUACCAAGCAGUAUCCAACCCCUCGCAGGACUAACAGACGAAGAUUUUAUCGAGAUCUACGAAUACUUGCAGCGAGAUAAUUUCUUCAACAACCGCGAAUAAUAACC